AUGGCGGAUCCCAAAGAAAGUUGGAAGCAGGAGGAUGACGAGGAGGAAGAAGAUAUUGAUGAGACAAGUUAUAUCUCUCAAAAAGAUGCCGUGCUCUUUGCGAUUGAUGUCAGCGAGAGCAUGCUCUUGUCCCCUCCCUCUUCGGACUCCAAUAAAGGCGAAACCGACAGUCCGACCAUAGCUGCCAUCAAGUGCGCGUACCAAAUCAUGCAGCAAAGGAUUAUAUCGAGUCCGAAAGAUAUGAUGGGCGUGUUGUUAUUCGGCACCGAAGAGUCUAAGUUUCAAGAGGAAGAAUAUUCGAAUAGUCGGGGGCAUCUUGCAUACCCACACUGCUACCUUCUGAGUGAUUUGAACGUCCCUGCAGCGGAAGACGUUAAGGUUCUGAAGGCGAUUGUGGAGGAUGACGAGGAAGCGAAAAGUCUGCUCGUUCCUACCAAGGAACCAUUUUCCAUGUCCAAUGUCUUGUUCUGCGCCAACCAAAUCUUCACAACGAAAGCUCCCAAUUUCGGGUCGAGGAGGUUAUUCAUAAUUACAGAUAAGGAUGACCCUCAUUCUACGGAUAAAAAGGCGCGGUCCCAGGCUGCUGUCAGAGCAAAGGAUCUUUACGAUUUGGGUGUCAUCAUCGAACUAUUUCCCAUAUCGCAUGCAGACCAUGAAUUCGAUCGCGCAAAUUUUUAUGAUGACAUCAUCUAUCGCGACCCUGACGAGGAAAGCACUCUACUAGCCGCGCCUAACAACUUCAAAUCGUCUGGAGAUGGAAUUUCCCUCCUUACCAAUCUCAUCUCGGACAUCAACUCAAAACAAGUCGCAAAGCGGACGCUAUUCUCUAAUUUGCCUUUUGAAAUUGGCCCAGGAUUUAAAAUAUCCGUCAAAGGGUACAACCUCUUGCAAAAGCAAGCGCCAGCACGAAGCAGCUUUAUUUGGCUUGGUGGCGAAACCCCCCAAAUUGCUGUUGGCGAGUCAGCACGCAUGGAAGAAGAUACAACCCGGAUAGUUGACAAGGCUGAGAUUAAAAAGGCUUAUAAGUUCGGCGGGACCCAAAUCCUUUUCAAACCAGAAGAGCAGAAAGAGUUGAAGACCUUUGGCCCGCCGGUUCUUCGAAUUAUUGGAUUCAAGCCUCAAAACAUGCUACCUUUUUGGGCUUCCGUUAAAAAGUCGACAUUCAUAUAUCCCAGCGAGGAAGACUAUGUCGGCUCAACUCGCGUCUUUGCUGCGCUAUGGCAGAAGCUUCUAAAUGAUAAAAAAAUGGGCGUUGCAUGGUAUAUUGCGCGAACAAAUGCCACGCCCCUUCUUGUUGCUAUCUUACCAUCUCAAGAGAGGCUAGAUGAGGCCACCAAUAUCCAGGUUCUUCCUGCGGGGUUAUGGCUAUACCCACUUCCUUUUGCGGAUGAUAUUCGAAAUCCUCCCGAUGUCCCCACACCCAUUGUCAGUCCAGACAACCUUGUCGAUGAAAUGCGUAAAAUAGUUCAACAAUUACAGCUCCCAAAAGCACAUUAUGAUCCGGUCAAGUAUCCAAACCCAUCUCUACAAUGGCACUACCGGAUCUUACAAGCGUACGCCCUUGACGAAGAAAUUCCUGAUGUUCCAGAAGAUAAGACUAUUCCGAAAUACCGCCAGAUUAAUAAGCGGGCUGGGGAAUACAUCAACAACUGGCAGAAGCUCCUGGCGGAGCAGGUUCAGCUUUUUCAAAAGGAGCGAAAAGAGCGGGGUGGAUUGAAACACGAGAUUGAAGAUGACGAUGGGCCUCCUAAGAAGAAAGCGAGGACUUCGGCAAAGGCUGCAACGAAGGGCUUAGCUGAAAUGAGUGCUGAUGAUUUAAGGAAAGCAGUAGAAGCUGGUACCCUUGGCAAGCAUAGCGUAGCGGAGUUCAAGGACUUGCUCCUGGCGAAGGGUUUGAGUACCUCGGGACGGAAACAGGAGUUGAUCGAUAGGGUAGAGCAGUGGCUUGAUGAUAAUUGA